GCUAAGAAGAAUAAAGCGCGGCGUUAACGCGUUCCCUCAGUGUCGUCUCGGCCACGCAACGCGACGCAAGCCACUCGCCACCCGCUCGCUCCGCUCGCCACAUUUUUUCUCUAUCGAACCCUCGAUCAGGGAACAUGGGCCCCGGCCAAGAGCGGCAGUAACGCCGAAGAAGUCGAGCGAAAAGCGUAGCACGAGGCGAUCGCGAGCGAUUUCUAUCAGAGGAAGAGAUACAGAGAGCGAGAGAAAGAGAGAGAGAGAGAGAUAGAGAAGCUGCGAGAGAACGAGAAAAUAAAAGAGACAUCUUUCGCUGCGAGUCUGUAUGCGCGUGAUUGCACGUGACACACGGCGUUCCGUGAACAAGAACGCUACUGAUUGACACUGUCACCUUUCUUCUCUUUCCUUCCCCACGCUUUCCGUAAACUCACCGCAUCGAUCAUGUCUAUAGAACCGGGUAGCUUCACCUCCAACGGGAGCAUGAUCGUCGUGAGCAACAGGUUGCCGUUUGUGCUAAAGAGGAACGAAUUAACCGGUCAGCUGGAACGUAAGGCCAGCGCUGGUGGUCUAGUAACUGCGGUAGCGCCGGUUGUCAUAAGUGGAAAUGGAAUCUGGGUUGGAUGGCCGGGAAUGCACAUGGAAAAUCCGAACGAACCGAUCCCCGAAUCCGAUCCCAACGAUCGCACACCUACCGCCGGUUUAUUAUCUCGAAAGGUUGUUGCGGUACACGUUGACGCUGGCAUCUUCGAUUCAUAUUACAAUGGAUGUUGCAACGGAACCUUCUGGCCGCUCUUUCACUCUAUGCCGGAUCGGACAACCUUCAUCGCGGAGCAUUGGCGCGCGUAUUCUACAGUUAACGAAGAAUUUGCUGCUAAAACGGUCGAUGCCUUGGAACAAAUUCACAAGGAGCAAGAGAAUCAAUCCAACGGCACGCCGUUGGUAUGGGUUCAUGACUACCAUCUGAUGUUAGCCGCCAAUUGGAUUAGACAAGCGGCUGAUGAGAAGGAUCUCAGACUUAAAUUAGGUUUCUUUCUUCACAUACCCUUCCCACCAUGGGACAUCUUUAGACUCUUCCCAUGGGCGGACGAGAUCCUGCAGGGUAUGCUUGGAUGCGACAUGGUGGGUUUUCACAUUCAGGAUUAUUGUUUGAACUUUGUGGACUGCUGUCAGAGGUGUCUUGGCUGCAGAGUGGAUCAUAAGAAUUUGCUAGUCGAACAUGGUGGCAGAACGGUACGAGUAAGGCCGCUGCCAAUCGGCAUUCCAUUCGACAGAUUCGUCUCGUUGGCAGAGACUGCCAACAAAGUCAUGCAAUCGAAUCAAAAGAUCGUACUCGGCGUCGAUCGAUUAGAUUAUACAAAAGGUCUUGUUCAUAGAUUGAAAGCCUUUGAGAUGCUACUCGAGAAACAUCCCGAGCACCGUGAACAGGUAACAAUGUUGCAAAUCGCAGUGCCUUCACGUACCGACGUUCGCGAGUAUCAGGAUCUGAAGCUCGAGAUGGAUCAAUUGAUCGGUUGUAUAAACGGUCGCUUCACAACACCCAACUGGUCGCCCAUACGUUAUAUUUACGGCUGCGUGAGCCAAGAUGAAUUAGCCGCAUUCUACAGAGAUGCCGCCGUCGCUCUCGUCACACCGCUCAGGGAUGGUAUGAAUUUAGUUGCUAAAGAAUUUGUCGCCUGUCAAAUCAAUCAACCGCCAGGAGUGCUGAUAGUAUCGCCGUUUGCCGGUGCGGGCGAAAUGAUGCACGAGGCUCUUAUUUGCAAUCCUUAUGAGAUUGACGAAGCUGCGGAAGUAAUUCACAGAGCUCUUACUAUGCCCGAAGAUGAACGUACAUUAAGAAUGAAUCACUUACGUCGACGUGAAAGAAUAUAUGAUGUCAACUAUUGGAUGAAGUCCUUCCUUCAGGUGAUGGGAUCGCUCGAAGAACGUGAUUCUGUAGGUGCUACCACAAUGCAGCCCGUGACUAUGGAUGAUUUCGACGAUUACUUAAGCAAGUCCCCUAGGUACAUCGGUGAGAAUCAUAAGUUAGCGCUCCUCCUGGAUUACGACGGUACACUAGCGCCCAUCGCUACUCAUCCUGACCUAGCGAUCUUGCCACUCGAAACGAAAAACGUUUUGCAAAGGCUGUCCAAUAUGUCGGACGUUUAUAUCGCGAUUAUAUCGGGCAGAAACGUGAACAAUGUAAAAUCGAUGGUCGGAAUAGACGGCAUCACGUAUGCCGGAAAUCAUGGAUUGGAAAUUUUACAUCCGGAUGGUAGUAAAUUCGUUCAUCCUAUGCCGGCUGAAUUGGAGGACAAAGUGGCCAGUUUAAUGCAGAUGCUUCAGGAACAGCUCUGCAGGGACGGUGCUUGGGUCGAGAAUAAAGGAGCGCUUCUCACAUUUCACUAUCGCGAGACACCGAUGGAAAGUCGUCCCAGGAUGGUGGAACAAGCUAAAAAACUUAUCGAGGCCGCUGGAUUUAAAGCCUGUGCCGCACAUUGCGCCAUCGAGGCAAAACCGCCGGUCGAAUGGAACAAGGGCAGCGCUUCCAUCUAUAUUCUACGUACAGCAUUUGGUCUAGAUUGGAGCGAACGUAUCAGGAUUAUAUAUGCCGGAGAUGAUGUUACAGAUGAAGAUGCGAUGAAGACCUUGAAAGGUAUGGCUGCAACUUUCCGCGUAACGUCGUCGCACAUUGUCCGCACGUCCGCAGAGAGACGUCUGCCCAGCACGGAUUCGGUGCUCACGAUGCUAAAGUGGGUCGAGAGGCAUCUCAGCAGACGCAAGCCCCGCAACAGCAUCGAUAUCCCGGGUAUCCCGUCACGAUUUCGGCGCAGCAGCGGUGGGAUCACGAUGGAAAUGUCCUACACACCACCAAGAACACCUCUUGAAUCGUAGGUUACGCUCAAAUAUCCUUCGUUAUAGUAUAUAUUGGGCGCGAUAUAUAUUAUUUGUCUUAGGGUUGUAAUGUGCACGCAGAGUCAUUUACGCCUUGACUCAUUUGUAUUUACUCGCAUAUCGGGAAACAUACAUUGCCCAAAUAAAAUUCUGAUAUGCGUGAUAGUUUACAUAUUAUGAUUAUCAAAUCACUCCGUAUAUACUUGUAGCGUAAAAUAUAUUAACAGAAAUACAGGAGGAGCAAAAGGAAACUAAAGAAUUGCUAUGAGCAAUUUAAGAGCGGUAAAAAGAAGAUGGGAAACAUGUCGAUGAGAACUGCAUCUAAAUUGUAUGUCGAGUGUAGAGUAUAAAAGUAGAAUAUAUAAAGUAGUAUUGUAGGAAUAUACAAAGAAAUACGGUUGAAAAGUCGAAACAAAUGGUUCUUUUCUCGAUUGAAAGCAUGAUAUCGAUAUCGUAUUAUCAACGCAAACAUUGACUAAAGAGUGCAAGGAACCAAAUCACUCAAUUUAUCAUGUAGCUUUUUAAUGAAUCCAUGUUGAUCCGUGUUUUUUUUUUCUAAUAUCGAUUAAACGAUUUUAGCCCGAAAAAUAUUCAUACAAAGUGCGAUAUCGCGAUCGUUGUUUUCCGUGCAAUUCAAAUUUCGGCUCUACAAGAUUUUGUAUAUAUAUACAUAUAUAUAUCUAUUUUUUCGGUAUAUUCUCUUAUUGAAUCAUUAAUCAGAUCACGUAGAACAUAAUAUCAUAUGUUCAUCUACAAAAAUAUAGCAGUUAAACUCUUAGUGUCUAAGUUUGCGCGUGUCCGCUGACUAAAGGAAUAAGUACUCGACAAAUAAUACAGUAAAUUAAAAGUGCAAAUGUCAUAAUUGUGUCUUAUCUUGUUAAUAAUUUCUAUCAAUAACAAAAUGAAAAUAGACACAAUUGUCCCAGCUCUUUUUCUUGGAAAUGAUUAUAUAAUAAUUUAUUUAUUUUUGGUUCCUUUUUUUCCUCCUUUUUUUUCGGUCAAUCAUGAAUAUAGAAAAUAUCGAUCAUCAGAUUUCGAACAAGUGCAACACUAAGAAUCCCCUUGAUCCCGUUCAUUACAUUUUUCUUAGAAAUACGUUUGGGUGCGCGCGUAAGUCGCUUCUGAUAUUAAACUGUAAUAAAUAAUAAUCUUGCUAUUAUUUAUUACAUUUUAAUAUCAGAAGCAAUUGGGAUUUUUUUUGUAUAUAGGAAUAGAAGCUUCAGCUUUUAAUAUUAGAGGCUGUAUAC